GGCUGGCCGACUGGACCUGGAAUCCUGAUUGGCCCAUGCCUGAGGCGACAGAUUCCGGAAAGGGGAAGAGCAGCCAAUAUGGCGGCGGAGCGCGGCGCGGGGCAGCAACAGUCGCAGGAGAUGAUGGAGGUUGACAGGCGGGUUGAAUCUGAAGAAUCAGGUGAUGAGGAAGGGAAGAAGCAUGGCGGUGGCAUUGUGGCAGACCUCAGCGAGCAGAGCCUGAAGGAUGGAGUAGAACGGGGCGCAGAAGACCCGGAAGAGGAACAUGAGCUGGCAGUAGAUAUGGAAACCAUCAGCCUGGACCGAGAUGCAGAGGAUGUUGAUCUGAAUCACUAUCGAAUUGGAAAGAUUGAAGGCUUUGAGGUGCUAAAGAAAGUGAAGUCACUCUGCCUUCGUCAAAACCUAAUUAAAUGCAUUGAGAACCUGGAGGAACUACAGAGUCUUCGAGAACUGGAUCUCUAUGAUAAUCAGAUCAAGAAGAUUGAGAAUCUUGAGGCACUGACAGAAUUGGAGGUUCUAGAUGUUUCUUUUAAUUUGCUGAGAAACAUUGAAGGGAUUGACAAACUGACACAGCUAAAAAAACUCUUCUUGGUCAACAAUAAAAUCAAUAAAAUUGAGAACAUAAGCAACUUACAUCAACUGCAAAUGUUGGAGCUGGGGUCUAACCGGAUUCGGGCAAUUGAAAAUAUCGACACGUUAACCAACCUGGAGAGUUUGUUUCUGGGGAAAAACAAAAUUACAAAACUUCAGAACCUGGAUGCACUUACCAACCUGACAGUCCUCAGUAUGCAGAGCAAUCGGCUAACAAAGAUUGAAGGUCUACAGAGCUUGGUGAACCUUCGGGAACUAUACCUCAGCCACAAUGGCAUCGAGGUUAUCGAGGGCCUGGAAAACAAUAACAAACUCACCAUGUUGGAUAUUGCAUCAAAUAGAAUAAAAAAGAUUGAGAAUAUCAGCCAUCUGUCAGAACUGCAAGAAUUCUGGAUGAAUGACAAUCUCCUGGAGAGCUGGAGUGACCUUGAUGAGCUGAAGGGUGCCAGGAAUCUGGAGACCGUGUACCUGGAGCGCAACCCCCUGCAGAAGGACCCACAAUACCGGCGGAAGGUCAUGCUGGCCCUACCCUCUGUGCGGCAGAUCGACGCCACAUACGUCAGGUUCUGAGCCCUCCUUGCUCCUCACCUGGUCCCUCUCCUCAAAAGAACUUCCCAGCCACGGUUUUUUAAUCUACCUAUUGCUCCUGAAGUCGUCACUAUACCAACAGUCACAACCCAAUGGCAAUAAUAAGGCACUGGUGGUACCUGGCCUGUGAUGCUACACACCAUCUGGAGAUGCCAACACUAUUAAAUCUUGCCACGCGGUCUUCCUGGUGAAUUGGUGACAGUUAUUGUAGCCAUGGAGAGAAUGCAGGACAUGUCACAGUCAUUUGCUCUCCCUGUCUGUCUAUGUCCUUAGCUCGGUGGGCAUUCUGGGCUGCCCCAGCAGACUUGGUGGGCGUUCUGGGCUGCCCAGCAGACCUUCAAGUUGGUUUAAGUAGUCUUGACUCACAGCAGCACACUGGAUAGUCUUUCAGACCAAUUUUGGAAAGAAAAAAAAAUUUCUUUGCCAGUUUUGAAAAGAAAAGAUAAUAUUUAAAAUUUUUUGAGUAAAAGAUGGUCCAGUGUCCCGCUUGGUAAACGCUGAGUUACAGAGAGCUGAGCUCUGGCCACUGGGCGCUCGUCAUGUGGCCCCUGUUCUCACCCCUGAGCCUUUGGCCUUAUUUAGAUGAAAUUUCUAUGAGCAAACGCCUAGGGUGUAAAUCUAAUGCUGCAAGAGCAUUGUCCUCCCUCUGCACCUCAGACUUCCUCUUUCACACAAUAAGGACUAACUGUGGUCACCAAAGAUCCCUGAGCUCCCAGGGUUCUAGUUCUGCGCUGUCCCAGAUGGAGCCACUAACUGCCACAUGUCGCAGUUGCUAUUCAUAACUAAUCCAUUUAUUCAUUUGAAGGCUUUAUUCAUCUCUUCAUUUGUGCUCACACUUCAUGGCUCAGAGGACACACAUAUCAUGGAAGGCAUCCAUUUCUAUCGUCACAGAAGGUUUUGGAAAAUAUUGCUCUAGACUCUGUUUAGUAUUAGGUGGAAUAGCUUGCACCGAGCUUUGAAGCAUGUGCCCACGUGUCCAAGCUAACCAGUUGGCCAACUGCCCAGGAGUUUGUAACGUCAGAAUGGUUACAUGGGAUUUAACAUCCAUUUUCUGAUUCUUAUUCUCACCAAAAUAAACUGUAUGAUCUGAA